AUGAAAGCUAGAUACCUUGUAUUUUUCUCCUAUAUAGGAACAAAGUUUAGGUCCGCCGAAAAGUUAUGGUUUAAGGGUGACAAAAAUUACCCUGACCCAGAAAGUAUACAGGGCUUAAUUGAAAUAGGUCUGUUAAAACUGAAAUCUAUAAAUUAUCCUAGCCUUUUUUUAUCUAGCCGUACAGAUGGAGGGGUACAUGCGAUAAAUACGAGUGCACAUUUUGAUUUAGAAAGAUGUGGCACAAGAAUAUAUGAACCAGAAAAUAUUGUAUAUGAAUUGAACAAAUUCUUACACAAGAAUGAGACAAGUAUUUAUAUAAAGAAAUGCUUGAGAGUCUCAGACAGUUUUAGUGCUAGAUUUAAUGCAGUUUCAAGGACAUAUUUGUACAGAUUAGCAGUAUUAAAAAGAGAUGUUACCCUUCCACAAACUGCUAUAAUUGCAUCCUAUAUACCUAUAGAAGAAUGGAAGAAGUGUCAUUUUAUGAGGAACUUGGGUUUUGAUAUAGACAGGUUUAAAGAAGGUGCCAACUAUUUUGUCGGCUACCACGACUUCACUACAUUUAAAAAAUUCGAUAAGUUGAAUGAGAAGAAACAUAACCGCAGAGUAAUACAAUCCAUCGAGGUUCGUCCUGGACGGCCAAUGGUCACGAGCUACACCAGUUCACAAGAUGGCGUGUUCGAUUAUUGGGAUAUUGAAAUCAAAGGGAAGGCCUUUGUUCAUAACCAAAUUCGUCGAAUGAUGGGUACGUUGAUAAGUGUUGCCGUGGGAAAAAUACCCCCAGAGGAAGUAAAAGUAAUGCUUCAAGUUCCAUCAAAACAUUCAUGGCAUAGCUUUAUACAAAACUGUCCCCCAGAUGGACUGUACCUUUGCAAUGUAGAAUACAAUCCUGAAGAUUUAGUCUAUAAUAACGAAAAAUCAUUACCUCAGGAAGAGGCGAUAGAAGAAAGUGACAGAGAUUAA